UAGAGGAAGAGCAGAGGAGCGGGCAAGCGCAAGCGCCCAUCCGAUCGAUGCCCGUCUCCCUCUCGUAUAAAGCGCUCGUCCUCGGGGGGCGCGCGACAGUUGGCGUUCCGCAUUCGGAACAUGCGCCGCGUCGCGGGUACACCGUGUCCACCGUUUCCACCGUUUUCAUCGUUUUCAUCGUUUCAUCGAGUCCUUUGCUGCUUAAUAGCUAGCUCGAGGAUAAACAUCGAUUCGUUCGAGGACCGGUCUGCUUAAUCGCUUAGAUCGACGAACAGCACUCGGCUGGUGUUGAUCUUUGUUUCGAAACGACGACAAUAAUAAAUCUCGGGAUUCAUAGGAACAGGACGAGCUCGUCAGUACGAGCUCUGCCUUUGAAUGAAUCAGACGUUGUUUACCCGUCGUCCGCUAUCGAGUGACCGCGCGCGUAUUCGUUGGUGAUUCGAAAGGGGUACGGAAGGAGAUCGAGGAGUGAAAUCGUUUCGGAUAAGUGUCGCGAUUCGGAAGCUUCCUGGAUUCAGUCUAUCAUAGGAAGUUGCAAGAAGCAAGCUGCACCCAGUAAAAUUCACGGACGGAUCUGCGAAAGAUCCAACGCCUGUAGCACGGAUGUCGAGGUCUGACCUCGCGACGACCCAGAAACAAACACGCCACGGGAUCGGUGCGCGUUCUCGCGUCAUCCUCGAGGAAUAGAAGUAGUAUCGUCCGCGACCAUUCGGUCCAAUCGUUCGUUCGACGUCGUGCGUCAAGCUCGACGAAGCUGCGGCUUGAUUACUGGCUCGUUUCUCGCGACGUGCCAGCGACAUUCGUCCCGGACGAGAUACAUCCGGACAGACGUCAGAGCGGCGGUCGCUGGACCGUCCAGCGGACGUCUCGACCGCCGUACGGCGAGCUGCUGGAGCCAGGAGGUGGAGAAGGAGGGGCUGUGGAGGUGGUGGAGGAGGAAGGCCCGCGGACGUGCAACAAGUUAAGAGGCCGCCGCCGCUACCGUCGACAUCGCUGCCGCCGCCACCGUCCUCGCCACGAUGUGACAUGGAUAUCCUAGCCGUAGCCUGCGCCCUCGUCGCCACGGCCCUCUACUGCAACACCCUGCAAGCGGGUUUCGUCUACGAUGAUCGAAGGGCUAUCCUGACGAAUCCAGACCUUCUAUCCAGCACACCGUGGUCCCGGUUGCUGGAGAACGAUUUCUGGGGUACACCCCUGAACGAUCGAGGCUCCCACGGUAGUUAUCGACCUCUUUGCGUCGCGACGUUUCGAUUGAAUCAUCUUCUGGGUGGAUUGGAACCGUGGGGUUACCAUUUGGUGAACGUCGCCCUUCACGCCGCCUGUACCGUGCUCGUGGUCAAGGUGGCCAGAAAGGUUCUACCAGGAAGAAACAACUUGGGGCACGCGAUCACCGGCUUCCUGUUCGCGGUGCAUCCGAUUCAUAGCGAGGCUGUAGCCGGUAUAGUGGGUCGUGCCGAUUUGCUCGCUUGCUUGUUAACCUUGUCGGCCUUCUUGGCGUAUUGCGCCCACUGCGAACAGACCAGAUCACCGUUUCCUCUCUUCUUGGCCAUCGUCUCCUCGACCCUGGCCACGCUAGCCAAAGAGACCGGGAUAUCCUCUUUAGCCCUGUGUCUCCUCUGGGAAUUGUGUCGCGGCGAGUCGAAUAGAAAGGCGAAUUGCGGGCUGACCCGUAGCCGUAGCAUCGGUAUUCUUUCCGGAAGUCUGGCCCUGUUGGUCCUCGGCAGGCUGAGGAUAACCGGUACGAGGCCAGAGUUCGCCAGCGCGGACAAUCCGACCGCCAGACACCCAUCUCGUCUGACCCGUGGUCUGACGUUUCUCUACUUGCCCGCAGCUAGCGCGAGGAUGUUACUUUGCCCCAGCACUUUAAGUUUCGACUGGUCGAUGGACGCGGUGCCGCGAAUAACGAGUUUCAUGGACGCCAGGAACCUCGAGUCGGUCUGUUUAUACACAGCACUGAUCACCACCUCUGUCUGGGCUAUCAGGACCCUUCGUCGACCUGUCAGGGAGUCGUCGUGGAGCCUGGUGCAAGCGUACCCUCGUUCGGCUUCGUCCAGGUGUCCCGUGUGCGCAGGGAGACGAACAGGCGGUUGUCACACGGACGGUUGUCGAGCCGCGAACAACAACAACAACGGUCCUUUCGGCGAUUGUCAUUGCGCCAAGAGGGCCAACAGUGGAUCGUCGAUGAGCUGGAGCAACGGCUUCGUUAGUAGACAAACGGCAGCAACCAGCGUCGCAGCCUCGCUCGGUUUCCUCGUGCUUCCCUUCCUACCGGCUAGCAAUCUCUUCUUCUACGUAGGCUUUGUAAUAGCCGAGAGGAUCCUUUAUUUACCGAGCGUCGGUGCCUGUCUGAUCGUUGGGGCUGCCAUUUCCGGAUGUUAUCGGAUAGCGAGAAGAACCGGAUCGAGAAGAAGGGGAAGACUGGUGUUGCUGGCCACCGUUGUAUUAUUGUGUUUAAUGUCGGCGAAGACGUUGUUGAGGAACGCCGACUGGUACGACGAGGAGAGCCUCUACAGGUCUGCCCUGCACGUCAACCCGCCGAAGGCUUAUGGUAAUUUGGGCAGCGUGCUGAGCGCCCAGGGACGUGUCGCCGAGGCAGAGGAAGCGUUCGUCCAGGCGCUUCGCUAUCGACCGAACAUGGCGGACGUGCACUACAAUCUGGGAAUCUUACAGCAGGGCAGGAAAAAUUACGAGGAGGCGAUUCUGAGUUAUCAGCGAGCAAUCCAUUUCCGACCGUCGUUAGCCCAGGCUUACGUGAAUCUGGGCGCGGCUCUGGCGUCGGUCGGACGUGGAACGGAAGCGGCUGCGGUUUUGCGGGCCGGCGCAUCCUUGGACGGGUCCGGUCUCAAGGACAAAAGGGCUCACGAAGCCGCCAGAGUGCAGGCCCUGCUUCAAUUAGGCGUUCUCUACGCCGAUCAGGGUAGAUUACAAAGGGCCCUCUCUGCUUACAGGGAAGCACUCGACGCUUUGCCGGAUCACUAUCCACCUCAGAGCGUUUACAAUCUACUGGGAGAAACUCUAUCGAGGCUGCAACAGUACGCGGAGGCAGAAAGGUGGUUCCAAGCAAGUUUGGCCAGCCAGCCUGACCACGUGCCGGCCCACAUCACUUACGGGAAACUUUUGGCCCGAAACUCGAGCCGUGUGCUGGAGGCUGAAAGAUGGUUCCUCAGAGCCCGUAGAUUAGCACCGGACGACUCGAGCGUGCAUCAUCAUUACGGACUGUUCCUGACGUCGCAGGGUCGACUGUCGGAAGCAGCGGAAGAGCAGCUUCGCGCGGCGGAACUUUCCAGAUCCGAUUACGAGCUGUCGAUGGCGGCAGCGUCCGCGCUGCGCCAAGCGGACCGGCUCGAGGAGGCCGAGGUGUGGUACAGACACGCGGCAAGGCUGAGGCCUCACGAGGCACGAAGUCACACGAAUCUAGGCGCGAUUCUUCACUUGAACGGGAAAUACAAGCAAGCUGCGGCGGCGUACAGCGAAGCGUUGAGGCUUCAACCCGGUGACGCAACGACGAUCAUGAACCUGCACAAAUUGGCGGCCAUUUUGGCGUGACCUCGUGACACGAGGACGUGGUCGAGAGACAGCAACGAGAGUGACGAGUGUGUGUAUAAUAAGAGCGAAGGAAAGACCCUCUACCGACUCGCCGUAAUCCCUGACCCCAUCACGUCUCCCCGAUCUUCCUCCCGAUAUUCGUUUAUAUCCGUCGAUCGGCGCGACAAUGUCAUGGGACAGAAGUAUCCUGGCACCUUGACGCGCCGUCGACUCGUAUCGCCUGCUAUGAGCAACACACCUCUCCUGUCCUUUGCUUCCUGUUACCACCUUCAUUGCCAUGGACAGUCAUCGAUGAUUGGUAACUGGAUG